CAGACCAUGUUUUUAUUUUCUGACGGUCUCCUUUCAAAACGUCAAGCUUCUUGCAUGCAUUUUUCAGUGUUUAGUAACGUUGUCGUUCGUCUGCAACCGCAGCACAAUGAAGCUCUAUUGCCUUUCAGAUCAUCCCAAUGCUCCAUGUUUACUCCUGACCUUCAAGAAUACCACCAUUCUCCUGGACUGUGCUUUGGAUCUAUCGUCAUUCCAGCAUUUCCUACCACUCACACUCGUCCCAAGCCAACGCUUGAACUCUCUGCCCUCAUGGAAGCCGCCAUCAGGUGAACCAGCAGCAAAAGAAGACUUGAAAAAUGAGUUGAAGGAAUGCAGUGGAAGGGUGUUUGUUGACAGCUCCCCUGAGGUCUGUGUGCCAGAGCUUGGUGUACUAGACUUCUCUACAGUAGAUGCCAUCUUGGUGUCUAACUACCACUGUAUGCUGGCACUCCCAUUCAUUACAGAGUACACUGGUUUCAGAGGGACUGUCUACUGUACUGAUCCAACCCAGCAAACUGGCAGGCAGCUGAUGGAAGAGUUAGUGGAAUACAUGGAGCGAGUUCCCAAGAAGAGGACGGCUGGAAACUGGAAGAAGCCAUCCUUCUUGAAGCUACUACCGGCUCCUCUCAGAGACGCACAGUGGCUCUCAUCAUGGAAAGGUUGCUACACAAAACAUGACAUCAACGCUUGCCUGUCCAAAGUGCAGAUCACCGCAUUCUCUCAAAAAUUGAAUUUAUUUGGUUCCUUGAUGGUGUCUCCGCACAGUUCCGGCUACUGCUUAGGAAGCUGUAAUUGGGUCAUCAAAUCAGACUAUGAAAAGGUUUGUUAUGUCUCCAGCUCUUCCUUUCUGACGACCCAUUCCACCCCGAUCCUCCAAGACCCUCUUAAGAACAGCGACCUUCUCUUACUAACGAGCAUCACUCAGACACCAGCUUAUAAUCCAGACAGCAUGCUGGGAGAGUUCUGCAGUAAUCUCACUGUCACAAUAAAGAGUGGAGGGAAUGUACUGGUGCCGUGCUACCCAUCGGGUAUUAUCUUCGACCUGUUUGAGUGUCUGUCUGGUUACAUGGACUCCGUUGGAUUGACUCAGAUCCCGAUGUUCUUUGUGUCCCCGGUUGCCGAUAGCACGUUGGCUUACUCACAGAUAUUUUCUGAGUGGCUUUGUGGACAGAAGCAGUCCAAAGUGUUUCUACCAGAACCACCUUUCCCCCAUGCGGAACUGAUCAAAACUGGCCGUCUGAAACAUUUCUCAUCAAUACAUGGUGAUUUCAGCGAUCAAUUCAAAACACCCUGUGUAGUCUUUACUGGUCAUCCUUCACUCAGGCUGGGUGACGCUGUGCAUUUUAUGGAGAUGUGGGGCAAAUCAAGCACCAACACGGUCAUCUUUAUAGAGCCUAGUUUUUCCUAUUUGGAUGCUCUAGCACCAUUCCAGCCUCUAGCCAUGAAGGCUUGUUACUGUCCAAUCGACACUGCCAUGAGCUUCCCUCAAGCCACUAAGAUGAUCAAAGACCUCAAGCCUCUGAAUGUCGCUCUUCCAGAACGUUACCUCUCCCCACCAGCAUCACAACCCUUGAGGACAGAUCUAGUGGUGGAAGUUGAGCCAGCCCCGACGCCAUACAAGCGAGGUUGCGUCAUACAUCUCCCCAUCAAACGGAGACUUGAGAGGAUUGAAAUCACACCAGAGCUUGCAGAAGCACUUGCUCCAAUAGAAGUUAAGCCCGGUGUGUUUGUUGCCACAGUUACAGGGACUGUAACUGCCAGAGAUAACAAGUAUAUAUUGCAGGAGGCCCCUAAACCAGCACCACCUGGUACACCUUCCAGUCAGCCAAUCAGGAAGCGUAAGAGAGAUGAAGAUGUCGGGGUGACAGAAACAGCUCAGCCUAAGCAAUAUGUCUAUGGGAACCUAGAUGUAGAGGAACUUGUACAAGCUUUGGCUAAGAAUGGAAUCACCGAUGUCAAAGUUGAAGAUUCGGCAUCGGGACAUAUCAUUCAUUUGCAAGCGGAAGACACAAUAAUCCAACUCGAGGAGGGAUCAACGCAUAUUUUCUGCGAGGGGAACGAGCCACUUAGGAGAAAGUUGAGAGACACUCUGAUUUCGUGUUUGCCAAGUUUUUGAAAAUGUUUGGCCUCCGUAGAGGCAAGUGUUUGAGAACUGACGACCAUGAAAACAAUGUGAAAGUCUCAAGGAAUUCUCACUGAAAUGCUGAUGUUGUCAGUCAGAGUGGUUAUGCCCUUGAGUAAGACCUUGUCAAUCAUGGUACUAUGUACUUCUGGAGUUUCUCUAUAAGUCUUAUGCCCUGGGGGUGCUAACACGAGUUAGGACUAUGUGUUUAAGACACUAACUUGGAUCUAACUGGAGGUGCUGCUUGUUUUUACUUGAGGAGCUAAUCGCAGAUACUAUGUACUGCAGGAUCUAGUGGCAGAUACUAUGAAGUAACUGGAGAUGCUGUGCUCUAGGGGUUCAAACUACAGGUACUGCAUGUAUAUAAUUAGGGGGCCAACUUCAGGUAUUGUCUACUUGAGGUGCUAACUGGAAUUACAGCAUGUAUUUUCUUCAGGCCCUAUCUGGAGGUUGCAUCAUAUGUACAGCUUACCCAGAGGGUAAUUUAGGUGCUUACUGGUGUUACUUCAGGUAUUUACUUCAGGCGCUAACUGGCAGGUUCUAUGGACUCAAGGCACUCAAUUAAAGCACUCUGUUUCUGAGGUGCUACAUGGAGGUACUAUGUGCCUGUGGCUCCUAUGCUACAUGUACAUGUACAUGUACAUGUAUGUAAAAUGCAAUAACCAGAGACACUUUGUGCUUCAAGCGCUAACUGGAGUUAGACAUUUUACAACACUUGAGGUAUUACUCUUCAUUAAUAUAUUCAAUUAAAAAACACACAAGACCGCCGGAAUUGUCCAGUCAUAAGAUGACUGGCCCAACACUAAAACCACUGGCCUCGUGUCCGCAGUCUAGAGUAAAAUUCAAGCCCUGGGGAGUGUUAUAGUUAAACUGAGAUGGCCGAGAUAGAUCUCUAGUUAUAAUAAACGCCUUAAAGCUUAUAAGCUGCUUAAGGUCAGGCUCUCCUCUUGAAAGAGAAAUUCCAAUUAAUGGAUUCAGUAGUAGACUACAAUGAAGGAUACCUUGGGAUUAUAUCCACUUUGUAUAAGACAUGGGCCCAAUUUCAUAGAGCUGCUUAAGCACAAAACAAUAAAGCGGUUAAGCAGAAAAAAACUGCUUCGCAAUCAAUCGCUAAGCAAAGAUUGAGUAGGGCACCAGUUGCAACAACAUAAACUUGAUGAAAUUUGGCUGGUAACCUGUUUCUCCUAUAUAAGCAUGAUUUUCGCAGUAAAAACGGAUAAGGGCACCGCACCAGUCACGUCUUAAACAGAACAAAGUUGGUAACUAGGUAAACUUUAAGGAAUUGCCGCUUGUAACCAGUUUUUGUUAAGCAAGAUUUGUCUGUGCUAAGCAAGUUUUAUGCUUACAGGCUUCAUGAAAUUGGGCCUUGCUGACCUUGUUUUGGUUUCUCAGCUAUGUCAUUUGAAAAACGCAGUAUAAAGUCUCACCAUGAAGAGAGGUCUCACCAUGCCUUGCACUUUCCUGUCUAUUUUUACCCUGCAAAUUGCAGUUGCUUCUCUGUAAAUGAAUUAUAAAUAAAGGAAUCAAAAUAUA